AUGACGACGAACAAAACAACAACAGUAGGACAAAGGGGCCUCCAGUUAUCAGGUGGACAGAAACAGAGAAUUGCAAUAGCAAGAGCAAUAUUAAAGAACCCUCCAAUUCUUCUGCUUGAUGAGGCCACCAGUGCACUUGAUACAGAAUCAGAGAAACAAGUUCAAGAAGCACUCGACACAGCCAUGCAAGGAAGAACGGUCAUCUUAAUUGCACACAGAAUGUCAACUAUCGUUAGUGCAGAUAUAAUAGCUGUUGUUCAGAAUGGAAAACAUGCAGAACAUUGGCCAAGAUUGUCAGACCAGGUCACAUUCAACUCAAUGGAAUAUUUUCCGUUAUAA